AUGAUUAAUAGUCCUAUAAUUUGUCGACUACGUUGUAUAUGUGAUCGAUAUCAUUUGAUGGAAAGUUGUUGUUCUACUGAUUGUAGAAACGAUUAUUUCAGUGACCGCAGGCUUCACCGUGCUUCAAUUACCUAUAAUCCGGUAAGAGGUACAUCUAUUUCGCUGGAGUCCAUUGGUUCUAAUAUCAUUUGGAAUAUUGCUUGGAAGCCACUCAAUUUCUUCAUGUUGUUCACAACUGUGACAAUAUUAUCUAUGGGACUGGGACUACUUUUCACAGAUGCAGAUGCAGUGGAAAUCGAUAAUGCUUUUCAUUCUGAAGAAGAGAAGUGUAGCGCUUCUGUUGCAAGGUGUUUCGGCUGUUUCAGGAUUCGCCCCAGGAAUGAUGUUCGCAGCUCAAAUCAUUCAGGAUGA